CUCUCCUCGGUCUGCCUCUAGAGUCCCGGUCCAAGCAGGAAGCGAGGCCGCACAACCGGAUCUCGGUCUUCAGGGUCCUCUCUUCGCCCCGCCUUGUAGGCGUGACAGUUACCAAAGCCUCAAUGGGGGUUGGAACUUCCAGAUCAAAGCUGGAAUGGCUACCCACUAUAGAGACCUUUUCUCAAAAAGAAAGAAAGAAAGAAAGAAAAAAAAGUGGGGCUGGAGAGUGGUUAAGACUACUCUUACCAGAAUUCCAUUCCCUGAACUCACAUGGUGGCUCACAACCAUCUAUAAUUCCAGUUUCAGGUGAUCUGUCCCCUCUUCUGGUUUUUAUGGAUACCAGGCAUGCACAUGGUGCACGUAUCUACAUGUAGGAAACACACACACACACACACACACACACACACACACACACACACACACAAAACUAACAAAAAAAGGGAAAAAUUUAAACAUAUGAGGGACAGUCUGAGUUCAUAAGAUUUGUAACAGAUGAGAUGACAUAAUGAAGUGUGUAGGGAACAAACACUCUUUACACUGAUCUGUACCCACCCUCUAUAGCUUUAAAUUCAGAACGUGUGACUCUUGUCUACAGUCAAGCACUUACAAAGCUAAGGCAAGAGGAUUGUUCAGGGUUGAGACCAGCCUGACAUGCCAAGUCAGUUCCAGGCCAGCCCGGGGUAUGUAACACAUCCCUGUCUCAAAUCAAAAGAAGCCUCAAGCCACCUCAGAAUGUCAGCUAGUGCAGUGUGGACUCCUGUAACCCUAGCUGCUCAGGAGGCUGAAGCCGCAGGGUCUAGGCCAGACUAGGUACAUGAGAAACCCUACCCCACGACAACAACACACACACCACACUAGGCGUCAGAGGGCUGUUUCACUCUGUUCCUGGGGUGGUUCAUAUGCCUUACAGAAGUUUAGGGAGUGUUUGUUGUUUGAUUGGUUGCUCAUUUUGUUUUGUUUCAUUUUUGUUUUAGAGACAGGGUUUUUCUCUGUAGCCCAAGUUGGCUUCCAACUCCUGAUGAUCCUCCUGCCUCAGUCUUCUGAGUGCUAAGAUUACAGGCAUGGGCCACCCUGACUAGCUUGAAGUUUAGGUUUUCUUGUUUUUCUAAGUUAAGAUUUCAUUUUUUAUGCCGGGAAUUGUGGCACAUGGCUCCAGCACUCUGGAGGCAGAGGCUGUCAGAUCUCUGAGUUUGAGGCCAGCCUGGUCUACAGAAACUACUGUUUCAGGAUAGAGGGUUACACAGACGAAUCCUGUCUCAGAAAAAAAUCUUAUUUUUUUUUAUUUUAUGUAUGCAUAUGUUUUGCUUGCAUGUAUGUGUGUGCAUCAUAUCUGUGUCUGGUGCCAUUGGAUCCAGAAGAGGUCACCAGGUCUUCUGAAACUGGAAUUAACCAUGGUCGUGAGCUGGGUACUGAACUCUGGUUUAGUUUUUAAUUUAAAAAAAAAAAAAUUAACAGUGCAAGUCUUGAGCACUGAACUAAUGGUGUAAGGGGAAAGAACUCUACCUUCUUCAUCCAGCCAGCUCCUCUCUUUGGAACCAGUGCUACCCAUACAUAAAUAGAAAUAUAUGCUUUAACUGUACAGGCAAAGCAAAACCGCGACAUAUUAAAACCUGCCACGCUGGGGUUGGGGAUUUAGCUCAGAGGUAGAGCGCUUGCCUAGCAAACACAAGGCCCUGGGUUCGGCCCUUAGCUCUAAAAAACAAAAAAACAAAAAAUAAAAAAUAAAACCUGCUAUGCUGAGAACUCCCGGCCUGGGACUCACUGCGGAGAGGGGCACAGCUUGAGGUCUCUGCCGCUAGGGGCCGCCAGCUCCGCCGACCCACACCGUCAGGCUGGCGAGGUCCAAGCGCCCUCUAGUGACACCAGGCGGCGCGGCGCCUCGCUCCUGUCCGCUCUGGGAAAGAGCCAAGGUGCUAACAUGUAGGUCUUCCGACUGCACACUUAUUCCCGUGAUUCUGGAGAGAGACCCGUAGAGUCGUGCAAAAGGACAGAACUUACUGUGUCCCGCUGUUAGCCUUUCCUCUCCCCCACAAAUUGUCACGGUAGAUGGGAUUGGAGUUCCUGGACUUCUGUACUAAUGGCAUCAACCAUCUUGUUCUCUUGGACUUCUUUCAGCAUAAUUUUUUGUUGUUGUUGUUUUGUUUUUCGAGACAGGGUUUCUCUGUGUAGCUUUGCGCCUUUCCUGGAACUUGCUUUGUAGACCAGGCUGGCCUCGAACUCACAGAGAUCCGCCUGGCUCUGCCUCCCGAGUGCCACCACCGCCCGGCUAGCAUAAUUAUUUAGAAAUCAAUUUCUUUUUUGUUUGUUUGUUUUCAAGACAGUGUUUCUCUGUGUAGCUUUGGUGCCUGUCCUGGAACUCAGUUUGUAGACUAGGCUGUCCUCAAACUCACAGAAAUCCGCCUGCCUCUGCCUCCGGACUGCUGGGAUUAAAGGCGUGUGCCACCACCGCCCGGCUGGAAAUCAAUGUGUAUCUGUAAUUUGUUUACCCAGUCGUUGAGUGUUUGAACUGUCUUCAGUUUGGAACUGUUAUAAACAUAUAGGAGGAAGUCUUUGUGUGGACAUACACACUUAUCUUUUGAAGAUCUGAUCAUACAAUAGAUGUAUAGCUGUUAGGCUUCUCUUUGUGUUCUGGGGAAGUUUUUAUCUUGGCUGGGUUUGUUUCUUUGAUUUGAGGUGUUUGUUUUUGAGAUGGUUUCACUAUAACCCAUGGGGAUCUGGAAUUUACCACGUAGAACAAGCAGGACUCAAGUGACGCCCCUGCCUCUGCCUCUGGUGCUGGGGUUGCAGGUCUGGGCCACCAGGCCAGGUUUAUGUGGUGUUUGAGAUCACACCGGGACCUUCAUCCUGUCCAGUACUCAACCAAGCUUUUCCCAGCCCAUCCCCCACACCCCGACUCCUGCUUCGUAGGCCAGCUGUUGGGUCUGCAGGACCUUUGCCUCUAGCUCCUGAGUGCUAGGAGUAUAGGUGUGCACUUUUUUUCAUUCUCUUCCUUCUCUGACACAGGGUCCUUUUAUGUUGCCUAGGCCGCUCAUGGACUCCUGGGCUGUUGACCCUCCCACACCAGCUUCCUCCUAGCUGGUACUGUAGGCCUGCACCAUGACUAUGUAUGUGUUUAAGAAACAACUAUAGAAUAAAGCGAAUUGAAAGUUUAAGGUUGGCCCAGUGUGGUGAUGCACACCUUGGCAGGUGGAUCUCUGUGAGUUCAAGGCCAGCCUGGUCUACAAAGUGAGUUCUAGGACAGCCAGGGCUGUUCCACAGAAACCUUAUCUCAAAACAAACAAAACAACAACAACAAAAGUUUAAGGCUGGCUAUAGAGUGGGUUUCAGGCCAGCCUAGGUUCCAUGGAAAGGCCACCUCCCAUCCCCCCCCCCCUUUUUUUUCCUUUUUUGUGUUUGUUUUUCAAGACAGGGUUUAUUGUAUAGCUCUGGCUGUCCUGGAACUUGCUCCCAAGUUCUGGGACUAAAGGCAUGUGCCACCACCACCAUCCUUCCUUUCUUUUCUCUUCUUUCUUUCUUCCUCUCUUUCUUUCUUUCUUUCUUUCUUUUUUUUUGAGACAGAAUCACACUAUUUAGCUCUGGGUGGACUCAAAUUUACAGUCCACCUGCCCCAUCCCCCACCCCCAGUGCUAGGAUUACAUGGGGGCACGUGGUAGUUUCAAUAGGUCUGCCUCCCACAGAUUCAUGUGUUUGAAUGCUUGGCCCAUAAGGAGUGGCUUUGCUGGAGUAGGUGUGGCCUUGUUAGGAGAGGUGUGUUACAGUGAAGGCAUGCUUAGAGGUCUUAUAUGCUUAAACUAUGCCCAGUGUAGAAUACAGUUCAUUUCUUGUUGCCUGUGGAUCGAGAUGUAGAACUCUCAGCUGCCUCUCCAGCACCAUGUCUGCCUGCAUGUUGCCUUGCUUCCCACCGUGACUAUAAUGGACUACACCUCUGAAACUGUAAGCCAGGCCAGCCCCAAUUAAAUGUUUGUGUUUUCCUUUAUAAGAGUUGCCAUGGUCUCCGGUGAGUUUGAGGCCAGCCUGGCCUACAAAGCAAAUUCCAGGACACCCAGAGCUGUUAGAUAGAGAAACCCUGCCUCAAACAAACAAACAAAUAAACAAACAACAACAACAACCAAAAGUGCCUUGGUCAUGGUGUCUCUUCACAGCAAUGGACAGUGCAUCAGUAUUUCAUGAAAUUUUCCUGGGGAGACUAGAACGUCCACUCAACCCGGACAGGAUAACCAACAACAGACCAAAGUAACAAUUUGCCCAAAGUCUCUUUUGGUGAACCAGUGAGUUUACUGGGCUUCCUUGAAGAACUCACUGUACCACUGAGUCUCCCCCCACUGUGGAGACCACUCCCUCUGAUAGCUGUGAAGAUGGAGUUCCCCCAGAGUUAACCUUCCACACUACAUCCUCUCUGGCAGUCUACAUGAAGCCCGAGCAGAGAUACAUAUAGGUGGGAGGGAGAUGCAGGAAGGAGGGCUAAAAUCUCAGGGGAGGCUCUAAUGACCCCACCCCCACCCCCAGCUAUGAAGAAAUGUCAGCAAGCCAUUGAGGGACACUUGGAAGUAGUCACAGCUGCUCUGAUGAAGAUAUUAAGGGCUGUCAGGCUUGGCGAUCUGUCUUUUAAGACAACCACCAUGCCUCUUUUCAGAAUCUCAUGAUGUAGCCUUGGCUAGCUUGGAACUCACUAUGUAGACCAGGCUGUCCUGGAAUGCUUGCCUCUGCCUUAUGAGGGCUUCAUUAAAGGUGUGGGCUACUGUGCCCAGCCUUUGUCUGUUCGUUCUUUCUUUCCUCCUCCUCCUGUUUUUGUUUUUAUUUUGUUGGUGGUGCUGGUCGUAAUGCUAGAGAUUGUACCCAGGGGCUCAUGCGUGCCACACAAGUGCUGAGCCUCUGAGCUAAUCAUUAGUUCUCUUACUUUUUGAAAGCUCUCACUAACUUCCUGUGUAGUACAGGCUGGCCUUGAACUUGUUAUCCUCCUGCCUCAACUUCCUAAGUAGCUAGGAUUACAGGUCUGUGUUACAAGAACUGGGUCAUGUCCAGCUUUUGAGCAUCUUUUGUGCUUUUGCUAACUGAAUACAUUCGGAUUUGUAGAUGAUCAAGAUUUGUGACUUGAAAGGAGUCAAGAAUGGCUUUGAAGUCUAGCUAGUCUCUAUGGAUCCCCCUGCCUACCUCUCCUUUUGGUCUUUUCCUUCAUCCUUCCCACCUUCUUUCCUUUUUCUUUUGAUACGGGCUCUCCUUAUCUAGUCCAUGCUAGUCUUGAAUUCUCCAUCCUCUGGCCUUAGUCUUCCAGAGUGCUGGAAUUUCAGACAUGCACCAGUAUUCUUCAAGGAGAAUUUUCUUUUUUCUUUUGGUUUUAGGGACAGGGUCUCCUUGAUCUCAGUCUGGCCUGGAACUUCCUGUGUAGUGUAGGCUGGUCUUGAACUUGGGAUUCUUCUGCCUUGGCCUUCCAAGUAUAGGGAUUAUAGACUUGUGACAUGCCUUGCAUAGAUUUUCUAAUCUUUCUCUUCCCUGAGUGUUCUUUGCCAUAACCUACAUUGUCCCUCUUGGAAAUCCCUAAAUAACCCAGCUCUGAAGAGCCUAACAUGAACCAACUGGGUGAGUGCACACAGCUUCAAUCUACCAGCCCAAUACCUAUGUGAUUAGUCAAUUUACCGAAUGGCUUUUGGUCUCAGUUUUCUUAUCUUUCAAAUGUGGGUUGCAGAUGUAGGAUGUAGCUUGUUUAUAGGUAGAGUCGUUGCUUGGCAGGCUGAAGACCCAGAGUUUGAAGCCCAGCACAAAGCAAAGCAAAAGCAAAACAAAUGUUGCUCAGUAGGUGGAAGCCGUGACUCCAGACAGAAAGGCAGGCGAUACUAUACAUUGUUUGCCGUCAGUCAGUGGUUUUGUGUCCUACCAGUUGCUUGGCUAAGCAUGUCUAACAAGAAGAGUUGAUCUUUGUCUUCCUGACACAGGAAUAGCUUUGAGUUUGGAGCCCAGGGUGGGGCAGAUAAUUGAAUGGCUGAAUGACUGGAGCCUUUCCAUCCCUGGAGGUCCCGUCCAAGAAAGCCUCCCAGCACUGUUCAGAAUAUGUGUUAUCUGCCUUGAGUCUAGAGACCACUCCCAGGUGUGAUGGCACCCUGGAUGCUGGGAGUCCUCUCUCCAGGGGCUUGUGUUGGUGUGUUGAUAACUAGAGGACAUACUUGUGGAGCUCACCAGAUUCCUUGUGACACUAGAGUGAUUUUGCUGCUCAAAUUCACAAUCCUGACCUCCAGGCUCUCUCUGGUGUACUGGUUAACUGUAACUGGUGCCCCAAUUUCAGGUCCCAGGUGGACUCUGCAUCUGCUCUCUGCCUCUUGCCUUGGGCAUAUAUCUUAUGCAAGUUUCCGGAUCCAGUUUUUGCCCAAAAGGAGAUUGGUAAUCUACAUGAGAGUGUGUGCAGCCUGCACAGGAGUUUCUUGGACCUCACAAGACAGGUGUGAUGGCAGCUGGAGUCAGAAUAAUAAUCAUAGUACUAACAGAAGGGGUCCAGGUGUUGAGAGAGAGGCAUGUGGGAAGCCCUGGGUCUAACCUCAGCAACAAAACCAACCUAACAGUAAUAUAAUACUAAUUAUGUGCCAUAUAUAUUCAUAUAUUUGAUCCUAUAACUGCCAUAUAGGGUAGGUAUCUUUGUAGUGCAUGGUUUAAAGGCUCAUACACCACCCCAAAAUAGACUGUAGGAGAAAAUAGUUCACACUCCUUUGGCUUGCUUCGACCUGGCUGUUCUGCACCGCCUGAGGACUAGGGAAUAACUUUACAAGGCAAACCUUUAGUAAAAGAAAUUUAUAUUAGUAAGGGAAAUCUCCAUUAGCCAGCGUUCCAGGACCCCAGCUGCUGCCAAUAGCUUUUUUUCAACUGGGAGACUUAUAUCUGCAUGACAAGAACAUCUCUAUUUGCCUUACAGUUCCUUUCCUUAGCCCCAAUAACUUGUGUCACUACCACCCCGACAGAAGCCCUAGGACCCCAUUCCUUUCUGUAGUUCAGGAAGCUUCAAUCAUCUGAGCCUUCAUAUGACAUUAUUUUUUGGGACUCCCAUGGAUAUGUAACUAAUCAAAUAGGAGUUUUUUUCCUUGUUAUUUCCUACCCAUUUAAUUUGUAAACAAGCCAAAGACACUAGGGGGAAGCCACUUUUCCCUUUCCUUACUAUAAACUCUAGAAUUAGAGUUUGGCGAAGUCUGUGCCUCCCUCAGUUUCUCCAUCUGCUAACAGGUAAGACUAGUAUAUAGCUUAUUGGAUUGCUAGGAAGAUGAAAUUUAUUAAAAUUUGUGUGUGGAAUGGUGACUAAUACCUAGUUAAAAAAAUCUAAGAUUUUGAUAAACUUUUUGUAGAUGAGGAAACUGAGGCACAAGAGGAGUUUGAUAAUUUGUCUGAGAUGAUGCACCGAGGGAGAGGAAGGCUGGGAAUCAACCCCUGGAAAUCUGGCUUUGAACACACUAGCAAGAAAGAACAAAUGUGCACGUGAUUUCUUUUGUGACGUGAUUUCCUUUGUGACGUGAUUGGUGGGGAAAUCCUGGAAUUAGGCCAGGUGGAAGGAAACUUGCAGCUCUUAAGUCUUCAUUCAGCCCUUGUAAAGGAAGUUUGCAGAAUUGGACUGUGUCCAGGUGGCCAGUAGAUUUUAGAGGAAGGAUCUGAGGCCUGAGGUGGGCCUAAAUAAAAGGUGUUUGGCUGGGGCUCUCCCAGGCUCCCGUCCUUCCAGGAAGUCCCAGUAAAGUGACACUCAGUAGUUGGUAAUAAAUGACAACCUAAAAUGGAAAAUCCUUGACAACAGAGUUUAAGUCAACAAAAAUUGAACUUAAGUCAACAAACACUGACCUGGGGGUUCCUACACCUCGUAGGAAAGGCUGCUGGAAUUCCAGGAUGCUCACAGUUCAGUUGGGGAAAUGCAACGUCAGCAAGUACAUGGGCAAGAGACCCCAGAGGUGGGAGGUGCGGGAAAUUACUAGUCCAGAUAAUGGCCCAAGCAAAACCUGGGAGACUAAAUAUCCCUCUCUGGGACUGGUGUGGUGAUCUGGAAGACCUUUACACACUUGAAUAUGGAGUAGAAGAAUUAACCCCCGAGAGAAGAGAGUUUAAGUUUGGUGAGAGAAAUGUUAGCAUUUUUAGCUGGUUCUCUCAGAGGCAGCUGAAGAAGCAAGAAGACUGCAAGGGAAAAGGGGCAAACCCAGAAAAAAAAAGCGUGGGGGCUAGAGGGACAGUUGCCUGGACUGGAGCAGUGACAAUUUGGGCGGGAAGUUUCUCCCAUCUGACUCUCCUCAUUUGGUUCUUUGUUGUGUAUGUUGCUCGGGGGUCUAGCUAAUAUCCGCACAAGGUUGGAACCCUCGCCUCAUUGAGUCGCAAGGUGUGUCUAUCUGGAAGUCCUCGCAUCUGCCCAGCCAGGCCCGCAGGCUCUGUCCCUGCUCCUGCUGACUACUCCCUUCCCCUCCUUAGUCUCCGCCCCUCCUGUAGGCUCCUCCUUGGGCUCUGGCGCCCGGGCUCCGCCCCUCGUCUCGUCCACCCCGCCCCUUCCGUACGCCCCGCCCCCGCGCUCGCGCGCCAGGUCCGGGCGGCGCCGACGCACUUGGCGGGAGAUAGGAAAGUGGUUCUGUGCGCUCCCGAGGCAGCUGCAGUUCCUGAGAGCGCGCGACGAGACCUGCAAACACACAGACGCCUCAGAGCGCCGCCUGGGGCCGGGAGCGGCCGGAGCAGCCCGAGUCCUGACCCCGGCCCGGCUCCCGCUCCAGGCUCGGCCGGUGGGCGUGAGGGCGCGGCGCGGCCCGGGCCGGGGGGAUGUCUCGGCGGACGCGCUGUGAGGAGCUGGAUGAGUUACACUACCAGGACACAGACUCAGACCUCCUGGAGCCGAGAGACAACAAAUGCAAGGUCAAAUGGACCCAUGAGGAGGAUGAGCAGCUGAGGGCCCUGGUGAGGCAGUUCGGACAGCAGGACUGGAAGUUCCUGGCCAGCCACUUUCCUAACCGCACAGACCAGCAAUGCCAGUACCGGUGGCUGAGGGUUUUGAAUCCAGACCUCGUUAAGGGACCAUGGACCAAAGAGGAAGACCAGAAGGUCAUUGAGCUGGUCAAGAAGUAUGGCACAAAACAGUGGACUCUGAUUGCCAAGCACCUGAAGGGCCGGCUAGGGAAGCAGUGCCGUGAACGCUGGCACAAUCACCUCAACCCUGAGGUGAAGAAGUCCUGCUGGACCGAAGAGGAAGAUCGCAUCAUCUGUGAGGCCCAUAAAGUGCUGGGCAACCGCUGGGCUGAGAUCGCCAAGAUGCUGCCCGGGAGGACGGACAAUGCUGUGAAGAAUCACUGGAACUCUACCAUCAAGAGGAAGGUAGACACAGGAGGCUUCCCAAACGAGUCCAGAGACUGCAAGCCUGUCUACCUGCUUUUGGAGCUUGAGGACAAGGACCGCCACCAGAGUGCCCAGCCUGUGGAAGGCCAGGGAAGUCUUGUGACCGGCUGGCCCCUGGCGCCCUCUACUGUGAAGGAGGAGGAGAGCAGUGAGGAGGAGGCUGCAGCAGCUGCUGCUUCUGCAAAAGAGCAGGAACAUGAGCCUGUCCCCCCUGAUCUGGGAGAAGUGCAUACCCCAGAGCCCCCGGAAUCCCUCAAGCGUGAAUAUCAGGAGGACUCCUCGCCAGAAACCAGCCUGCCCUACAAAUGGGUGGUAGAGGCGGCAAACCUCCUCAUCCCUGCUGUAGGGUCCAGCCUCUCCGAAGCCCUGGACUUGAUAGAGUCGGACCCUGAUGCUUGGUGUGACCUGAGUAAAUUUGAUCUUCCUGAAGAAGCGUCUGCCGAGGGCAGUGUCAACAGCAGCCCAGUGCAGCCCCAGACAUCACAGCAGCAGCAACAGGCACUCUUCUCCCGACAGACCGCCACACCAGGGCCCAGCAUGACUGAGUAUCGGCUCGAUGGCCACACUAUUUCAGACCUGAGCCGGGGCAGCCGCGGGGAACUGAUCCCCAUUUCCCCCAGCACUGAGGUUGGGGGCUCAGGCAUUGGCACACCACCCUCAGUACUCAAGCGACAAAAGAAACGGCGUGUGGCCCUGUCGCCUGUCACGGAAAACAGUGCCAGCCUGUCCUUCCUGGACUCCUGUAACAGUCUUACCCCCAAGAGCACACCUGUCAAAACCCUUCCCUUCUCUCCUUCCCAGUUUCUGAACUUCUGGAACAAACAGGAUACCCUGGAGCUGGAGCCCUCACUGACGUCCACUCCGGUGUGCAGCCAAAAGGUGGUGGUCACCACACCCCUGCACAGGGAUAAGACGCCCCUGCACCAGAAGUACCCAUCGUUUGUAACCCCAGAUCAGAAGUACUCCAUGGACAACACUCCCCACACGCCAACCCCGUUCAAGAAUGCCCUGGAGAAGUACGGACCACUGAAGCCCCUGCCCCAGACUCCUCACCUGGAAGAAGACUUGAAGGAAGUGCUACGUUCGGAGGCCGGCAUUGAGCUCAUCAUUGAGGAUGAUGUGAGGCCUGAGAAGCAGAAAAGAAAGCCUGGGCUGCGACGAAGCCCUAUCAAGAAAGUCCGAAAGUCUCUGGCUCUUGACAUUGUGGAUGAAGAUGGGAAGCUGAUGUCUACACUGCCCAAAGCUCUGUCCUUGCCAACAAGUGUCCCAUCCAGUUCCUCUAGCUUCACUCUGCCAGGUAUCAAAGAGGACAACAGCCUGCUCAACCAGGGCUUCCUGCAGGCCAAACCUGAGAAGGUGGUGGCCACCCAGAAGGCCCGGAGCCACAUUCCAGCCCCUGCCCCUAUGACCAGCGCCUGGAAGAUGGUGGCCUGUGGAGGCACCAAAGACCAGCUCUUCAUGCAAGAGAAAGCCCGGCAGCUCCUGGGCCGCUUAAAGCCCAGCCGCUCAUCUCGGACCCUCAUUCUGUCCUGAAGGGGCUUAGAGGGCACAAGCCUGUUUUCAUGUUUACAGGGGCUAGGGUGGGGGGGGGGUGAGGUAUGCCUCGAAAUCACAUUCAGGUGAUCAGCUUCAGGAAGUCGUCUGCUGUCAGCCCCUCAGACUACUCAGUGGCAGCGGAAGUAACACACUAUAUCCUGUCCCCAGGUCUAGCUUCGUGAAGUUCCUGGUGCUAACAGAACAAAGUCCCACUCCUAGGCCUGUCUGUCCUGUCCCCAAUGCCACAAGGAGCCCUGUUAGCUUCUCCCAAGCUCUCAGCAGGCCUGGCCUCAUCUCACCCCUGCUUAGGAUAGGGGGUGUGGCUAGGAGUGUUCCUUUUCUCAUCCCCUGUUGGUACAUUCUUUCCACAAUAAAAUGCCGUUCUCCCUA